AUGAACCACGAUCAACGACUCGAUCCUGCCAUUGAUCAACACUCGCAUUUAGCAGACGAUACCAGCUACUCGAUACAUACCACACCCGACAACGAGGGCCCCGCAACCCAAUCGUGGCAUGACGACGUUGCCUACAAUGAAUUACAUCCUGGUUUUACAGGUGUACCUUGGCCUACUAUAACAACUGCAUCGACCUGCGCUUCGAACAAUAGCUCUUCGAGUCGCAAAGGUCAUUUCAGCCACUCAGCAACAACGAACAACGGGGAAACUUCUGGUUCUAUUCAUCAGUUUACGAGCAAUGUUGAUUUUCUCGAUCCAUCGGACAUAUACUCUCUGAACAAUCACGAUGCCGAGCAUUGGCGCGGGAAUGCAUUGGAUCCUACAUUGUUGUCGAUAUCACCAAAUUUGCCCGCGUCGUGGGAGCACGACUAUUAUGACUAUCACGAGUCUGAGCAGUUGAACGUUCUUACAAAACGGGCUAGCCUAUCGUCCUACGCCAUACAUCAGCUAACACACGGGGCAAGCUCGAAUCAACAUGCUGCCCAGACUCCGACUCAACAGCACCUGGACUUUCCAUACGUUGGGAUGCCGUUUGGCCAAUCAUAUCCGGAGUCGAACGACAUGUCCAGAGUCUUGGUGACGUCUGGUUCCGAUGAGCGACUUGACAACUUCGAAGACUUUGAGUCGUUCGAUGGCGCGACGCUUUUUGCUGGAGGUGCAUCGUCACUGAUCCGAAUGCCAUCUACCGCUUCGGAGUCAUCCGGCUUGCAGUCGGAUAUGCCUUAUUUCGAGGACCUUAUGCACGAGGCAAUUAUGGACGGCAUCGGCGACAAAAGCACAUGGGUCGUCAUAUCGGAUAUGUGUGUGAAGUCUCCUCCUGCUCAAAACAUUUCAAGCGCGGCGACGCCCGUCUCAAGCACUACCGCCGACACCAUCCUCAUCUCCUGA